UAUCACUAGAUUUCUGCACCACUCAUCAAAACUCUGCGGCAUGCAGAGAAGGACCGGGGGGAGGGCAGAUAUUAGGUGUGCGCUAGUGAGCAGAAACGCGACUUCUUUAUUUCUCUGGCCCUCUUUCUCUGACCACAUCGUCUAAAGAAGAGUUUGUACUGCCCGGCCACUGCAGUAGGUCGGUCUACUUACCUCCUUUAAUCCCAUAGCCGUAGAUCUCUCUCUCUCUCCCCCCCCUCUCUCUCUCUCUCUGCUCCGCUUGGCCAAUUGUUCCCAUCCGCAGCAGGGCGCGUUUACUCGGAUUUAGGGCUCCAAACUUGCAUGACAAAAUGUCAAAAGACGGAGAAAAAAGCGGGUGGAAGGAGUACAUCUGGAACCCGAGGACGAGGGAGUUCAUGGGCAGGACGGCUAGCAGCUGGGGUCUGAUUCUUCUCUUCUAUGUAGUUUUCUACAUCUUCCUGGCCGGCUUGUUUGCACUCACCAUGUAUGUCAUGCUGCAGACUUUGGACGACUACAAACCAACCUGGCAAGACAGGCUCGCCACACCAGGCAUGGUGAUUAGACCCAAAUCAGAUGAGACCUAUGAGAUUGUCUAUGACACCCGGAACACUGAGACUUGGGACUUGUACGCUCAGGCCCUGGACAAAUUCCUGACACCCUACAACAACUCCCUCCAGACUGAGAAGAAUAAAGAGUGCACCCCAGACGAGUACUUCCUGCAGGAGGACACCGGUGAUGUGAAGAACAACCCGAAGCGCUCCUGUCAGUUCAACCGCACCAUUCUGGAGGCCUGCUCUGGAAUCAAUGAUCGUUACUAUGGAUACCAGAUUGGCCAGCCAUGUAUCAUCAUCAAGCUGAAUCGGGUAAUUGGGAUGCUGCCAGGGAAGGAUGGACAGGCUCCGUUUGUCACCUGUGCUGCCAAGAAAUACAAAAUUGGCAAAGAUCAAUGGAGAGAAGACACUGACAAAAUUGGAGAGAUGGUAUACUUCCCUCCAAAUGGCAUUUUUAACCUCAUGUACUACCCGUACUAUGGCAAGAAAGCUCAGGUGAACUACUCUCAGCCUUUGGUUGCCGUUAAGUUCCUUAACAUUACUACCAAUGAAGAUGUCAACAUUGAGUGCAGGAUCAACGCCACUAACAUUCCCAUUGGAAGUGAAAGAGACAAGUUUGCCGGAAGGGUAUCUUUCAAGCUGAGGAUCAACACUAAAUAGGUCGACCAUUUUCCUCUCCUGAAAACUACUUUCUUCACUCUCAGAAACAAAUGUCAGUAUUCACACCCUUUUCUACGGAUUGUUUACAACCACCCCAAAUGUUGGAGGAAAUUGUUGGUCCAGUUGUAUGAUGAUAUAGGGCAAGAAUAAAAGGGUGGUAGUUCUGUCAUUUCUUUCUGUCUGUGAGCAUUGGGACAAAUUCUUUUCUGUAGAUUAGUUUCAGGUGAAGUCUAUUUAUACUGCAUGAAAAGCUAUGGGAUGAAAAGGAUGUGAACAUGUGUUUCCAAAGUUUGCAAGGAUCAGCAACAUUAACACUUUAUUGCUGCUCCCCUCCUGCUGCCGCCUUAUAGAGUAACCCUCUAUAAAUAUACACAACACACCAUACAAAAUGUGUAUACCUACAGUAUUUAUACAGUAUCAUAACCUUAUAUCUGUACAUCUAUUUUGUUGCACUUCAAAGAAUAAUCCAACAGAGUUUCAUAUAUCUUGAUGCGUGAGGUGAAGCCAUUUUGCAUGUGUGUAUUGUCUUUAGCGUGCUACGAGGGCAGAAGGCCCCAAUGUCCCACCUCUCUGCUAUGUGUGAAACAAACUAAUGGUAAACUACAGACCACCAGGGGCGGCCACACUGUCAUCUACUGAAACUUACACACAGCAAGUGUGUAUUUUUGAAAAUUUGAAUACUGUAAGAUAGACAUCUCAAAAAUCAAAGUUACAGGAGAGGUAAAAACCUUUAAGAUUGUGUAUGCUUGUGCAUGUGUGUGCGUGUGUGUGUGUGUGUUUGUGAGUGUGCUCCUUUUACGGGUCCCAUUUCAUACUGUAGGUCGGGAAGUUGCAUGCGAUGUGCAAUAUUCAUUAAGUGGCAUACAUUAGGAAUGCCUGAGUCUGUUCUUUGGAUGAGACAACGUUUAUUUAAUGAUCAUUAUUUUUGGAUCAUUUGAUAUUGAAACGGGUGGUUUGACCUGAGAGCACAGUUUGAAACAGAUGUCGUUCAUAUUCGGGUUCCAAUGUCAGAUCAACUAUUAUGAAAGGAGACGUCAGUCGUGCUUCAGACGUCUUACAACAUCACCUUAAUUGGACAAAAAAAAAAACACAGCCGCCAAUCAGCAAGAGGCUAAACAACGGCCUUCAAGCCACUCCGUGAAUAUCAAAUGAAAACGGCAAAACAGACGUUACACUCGCUGUCACUGUGUCUAUCAAGUUAUUCCUAAAGCUGAACCAAGAGCUGUUUUCUUGUGUCUCCAUUUUAACUAGUUUAAACACAAAUAUUUAUAUAUAUUUCAUUUAUUGCAUCUAUUUUAUAUGUAUCAUAAAUAGAUGCCACUGUUUGUUUUUGCGCCUCACUCUUACGUGUUCUCAUCCUCAACAAUUUCCGUCCAGAAGAUCAAACGGUAGAGUUUACAUAUUCUUUUAAUAGUUGCAAGAGUCUUUGAAUACAUAAGUUGGUAGUUUUCUUGUCCUGUAGGAAAUUAACAAAACAAAUAUUUUCUUCUUUGAAUGAUAUUUCUUAAUUUUUCACCGACCAUUCACCGAGCAGUUCAUGUAUUUCUCCUCUGGCUUUCCUACAACACUUACUUAAUCUCUUAAUCUGGUCUCACUAAUCCAGAGCAGGCACGCUCAACUUCUUUAACCUACUUUGUUGCUCCUCCUCCUCGUGUCAAAUGCUUCAUUCACUGUCUUCAAAAUGUAUAAAGAAAGCCUCACUAUAAAAAAAAUGCAUUCAUACCAAUUUUACCCUAAUCAUUCUCAAAUUGAAUCCUAUUAAAUCCCAUCGUGGCAAAUCAAAUCUUCUGCUUCACGACCUAAUUGGCCAUUCUCGUUUUACUCAUGUGCAUGUGGAGAUUAGUUCUUCAACCAAAGACCUUCAUGGCAGUUUAAAUUGAAUUUAUUGGUGCUGCAUUGACAAAUCCUCACCAGGGAUACUAUAGGAUCCAAGCAGAGGGUUAGCGCCCUGUGUUAUUUAAAGGUCCACCCUUAUAUAAUAAUGAUACAAAUAAUAAUAAUAAAAAUGAUACAACGCACAAGACGAACGUGUUUCACUACAACAUAACAGUGCCUCUUGGUGGAUAGACAGUGUUAUUACCCAGUGUCCCAGAAUGUUAUUUCCUGUUAUCUCCAUUUAUGUUUUUUUUUCUGUGAUAAUUUGGAGAUGUCCUAUAAAAGCAAUACAUUUAUUUCUUGAGGGGCUGUGUGUAUUUAUUAUAAAGGCUUUAACUCGGUUUAUCAUCAAGAGCCUGAAAGACAAAGGGAAGAGAGUAAAGAUAAACGCAGUAAGGCAAUUUAGCCAGUGUCCAUUAUCAUGAUGGAAUAUGAAGUGAAGUUUUAUUUAUAAAAGAGAUUUUUAUUGUUAUUUUGUUGUAAAGUGGAGAGAAUUUAUGAACUUGGAUUGUAUCAUGUUGUGGGAGCUAUCUAUUAAUUGUUCAACAAAUGGCAAGAUGUUAGCAGCUUGGUUGGAAAACAUUUUUUUAAUGUAGAAACUUAUUUUGAUAUGGUUUGAAUCUUGAAUACAUCAGAAAGAACUUUCAAUGUCUAAACCUUCAUGAACUUUUCAGACCAUCACUAGCACCCUGCACAGUGCAAAUGUCAGAGAGAUCAUUAUUCACGCUUCAAAUAAGGCAUCAUUUCAACAAACCUCCUUUCCCCCACGUAACCCCUUGUCUUACACCGCUGUAUUGCCUGAGACGGCGGUGUAGGGAUAGUUAAAGCGAGAAAUUCAUGAAAUUCUGUUGACAUUCUCUUGCCCCAAAAGGAUGAUGAUUCUAUUCUGGAUCUUCUUUUUUUUGCUCUUACUGUAUGUAUAUUUUUGCUCAUGUUUACUGCAAACCAACAUAGAGAAAUAAAUAAAUGUAAUUUAAGGGAAA